AUGUGCUUCCAGCAAUCACACCCCAUACACACACGUACAUGGGGAGACUGUGAGUGGGGUAGCAGCGUGCACAGUACAUUUUUUGCAAUCCAUCCGCCCCAAUCAACAGAACAAGGCUACAUUGCCAUCUUGGCAAUUAACAGACACGAAUCUCGUGUCGGCACUUGCAGCAGUGAUGAUGAUCCGUUCCGUUUGACCCCAGUACAGAAAGGUCAACACGGCCUCUGUUAA